AUGGCUGCCGCAGGAACAGGAGAAGGCGCCCACUACACGGAGGCGCGGCUGUCGUCGCUCGUUGCGUCGCAAGACUUAGAGGCGUGGAAUGUGUUUGCCAGGGACGUGCUGGAGGAGGUUGCGCCGAGUGAGGCCUCCGCCGCAGCCGUGGCAUGCGCCCUCCAUCAGUUGCGUGUCGCCGCGCGCACAAACCUGGCGUUUGCCAUCGACGCUGGUAAAGCGCUUCUGGCAGCUGCCGCGCACCGCGGCGCCGGGUGGGGUGCGGUACUUUUCGACGUUCGCGAGGCCGUUGCGGAGUGGUGCGUGCGCGCGGGCGACGAGGCGCAGGCGCAGGAGCUGUGGCGCGCGAUGCUGCCCGCCGAGACCGGUACGGUGACGCUGCGGCUGCUGACGAACUUCCUCAACAGCGCCAUUCGCACCCGCAGCUACGCCGUGGCGGAGACGGAGUGUCUGCGGGGGCUUUCCACCUACAAGGCGCUCUCGAUGCGGCCGGAGGCAAACAACGAAGUGAACAACUUCCUCCUCGCCUUUGCUUCCCUCCUGGCGGCACGCCGCCGUUUCGUGGAGGCCGCGCAGCGUUUCUACGAGCUGUACCUGCGGACCAAAGUCCUGUCGCAUCUUCGGGAAGCCAUUGUGUGCGUCAUUCAGGCCGAUGCGAGCGCGGCCCGCUCGCGGCUGCUGAAGACGCUGUACAAGGAUGAGAGUGCGGUGCUGCUUGGUGAGCUACACACCAUUCUUAGUCGGGCAUGCCACACCCAUUUGCUGCGCCCGAGCGAACUGCAGCGUUUUCUCCCGUACGUGGAGCCGUCUGCGGAUGCCUCUGCUGCAGUUGAGCGUGCCUUCAUCCAGCACAACCUGCAGGCCAUUUCCCGCGUAUACUACAACAUCGGCUUCACGGAGCUCGGCGCCCUCCUCGGCAUCACCGCGUCGGAGGCGGAACGGCUUGUGGCGCAGAUGGUGUCGGAGCGCCGGCUAGACGCAAGUCUUGACCAAACGACCGACACGGUCUUCUUCAGUCGCUCCGACAACGCGUCCUCGCUGGAGGCCUGGGACGCGAAGAUCACGUCGGUUUGCGAGGAAUUGGCCUGCGUGGCGGACCUCAUUGUCCGCCAGCACGCGGAGUUCAAUGAGUACCUUCUGCUUAAGUGA